CUCCGGAAUGUCAGUCCCGGGUUGCAUGGUUAUAAUGGGUCAAACGUCAAGAGUGGCGAAGUCUGCAUUGGCCCCACCACCCACAUUCCGAUCCCUUUAAAAGCGAACUCUGGUUGAGAUAUCUUCACAUUUGCCAUUGACUCCCCUCCAAAUGUUCGCUCAGCUUCGCAGCCGCUCCCACCCUCCCACCUUCCAGUUGCGAUCCCUGGGCCUGUUUUUGGGCCUUGGACUCUUGGUCCAAUGUUGCUCAGCUGAGUCUGAAUGGGCCCAAGAGCGGUAUGUGGACUACACGGGCCGUUUCCCUAGCUCUCAACUCGAAGAUCAGCAUCAACUGGCUGAUUUUUCUCUUCCGGCCCAACUGAUUGCCAAGAAAUCCGGCAUGGAAAGAGCUUGCGGAAGCCUCCUGGCCAACCAUAUGCAGCUUUUGUGCUCGGGUAAAAAGAAACGCUCAUCAGGUAAUGGUCUCCAAAGCUUCUAUCCCAUGGGUCCUCAGGUGGACGAGAGCACCUUCAGUUAUCAAAGCCUUCAGAAGCGUGGGAUUCUGGAAUCAUGCUGUCACCGACCGUGUUCGAAGACCACUCUGAUGCGAUUCUGCCCGUAAUCUGUCUCAAGAGCGACAACCAAUGCCAAUUUGUAUGAAUAUCAGCCGCCAAAAGGUCAUUUGGAACGUGAGGACUCAUGUGCCCGAAUCAGUUUUGGUUGGGAACUGCUCGAAGGCUGCCCAAUGUGUCCUGAUGGCCUUUUCUUGCGGUUGGUUCCACUAUUUCUCCCAUUCGUCAAACUCUGUGGUGGCCAUCAUGGAUGGUCUUCGUUGAACAAGGUUGAUCGUCUGUUUGUUUUAUUGAUGCUUGUCUCUGAAAUUCAUUCUUGUCAAUUCCUGGUCAUCUCUCUGGUAUACUGGAUAUAUUUGCCCUAGUUUUUACACUUAGAUCGAAAAAGAAAUAAAUCUGGAUUUCAUCGCAUUGA